GACGGGUGCAGUACAGUAGGUACUGCCACUAAAGUGGCCACAAGCGAAAAAGCCAAAGCCCGCCCCCCCGUCCACACAGCAAUAUGGCGCUUAUACUUUGUACCAGUAACCCGGCAGGCUCGCCAAUCACAGCGAGGCACGGGUCUCAAAUCGCCUACCGUCACACUCCCCAGUUAUCCUUCUAGAAGUUCUCGCGCAAGGCCCGGCCUUCCCCGUCAUAUAAGGUCACGUAUGGUCCCCUGAGCCUCACCUUUCUUUCUUCUUGUCCCCGAGUACCUCGUCCUUUUAUUACAAAACACCUAUAUAUCCCUCAGGACUAUUACCUACUUAUACCCAUUCUAUCCUACCUCACACUUUCUUCUUCCUUGACUACCACUACCUACUACCACUACCUCUACUACCUACUUACACCACAUCCCAUCUAUUCCCCCAAACACCUUUAUCACGUCCUGCAAAAACUUCUCGUGUGUGGUUUUUGCUAUUUUGGUCGCAACGAACAUGAAUUCGCUCUUUGACGGGUACAACAACGCUCUUCCUGCUUACAACGCUUUCCUCGACCCUUCCUCCGCCGCCGGCGCAUCAGGCAGAGUCUCGCUCGAGCACGACUCUUUGCGAUACCUCAGCUCCGACGCAGACUCCUUUGCCUCUUCUUCACCCGAGUCCCCUCGACCCGGCGCCGUCUACUCCGGCAUCUAUGCUCUCGGAUCGGCUCCCAACAGCCCGCUCUAUUCCCAAUUCGCAGACAACACCCUCUUUGCUGGUGGUUCCCCCUACAGCAGCACAAGCGUGAGCCCUGGACCCGACCCGAGCUCCCCGCGUGUCAGCCAAGACGAAGUCUAUGGAGAAUCAUCUGUUGGCGGCCGCGACUAUCCAGUCUUCUGCCUCUCGCCAGGCUGCGAUGCUAAGCCAUUUAAGCGUCGCGCCGACCUCAUCCGACACUACAAGCACAAGCACUCGCCCGAUUCUGACAAGGAGUCGUAUUUCUGCGACUACUCGAAAUGCGUGCGUCGCCACGAGCCAUUCCACCGCCGCGACCACUUCCGCGACCACCUCCGCGAUUUCCACAAGGAGGACAUUGAGCGCCGCGGCCGCUCUGUCAACGAGGAGUGGCUGGGCGACCGCAACACAUCCGCCGCUUGGUGGCGAUGCGCAAAGUGUCUGGUGCGCAACUACGUCGACAAGUCGGGCUACGAAUGCCCAACGUGCAAGACAAAGUGCCAGCCGAAGCGCAAAGCUCUGCGCCAGAAGGACUAGAGGCAGCAGCAGCAGCGCAAGCUCAAGCUGUCGCGAUCCUCCCUGAGCUCUCUGCUUUCCUCUUUUUUUUCCCCUUCUUCAUUUAGCCGGGAAUAUCAACCUAUGCAGGACUCCGCCCGCUGCAGCUCAUCAAAUGUAAGCUACAACAGCAGAGCAGUUAGCUCCAUACCGCUUACGGUUCGCGCACCAUGUUUGCUGCACGACCCAAAAGCUCGGCGCAAUACAAGUCGAUAUUGGCCCCCAGCGCCAGCGAUUCUCCACUGGGUGCAGUGCAGUGCAGCUGCUGCGCACAGCGGUCGCCAGUGGGGAUCUGCAGCUAGCGGCCCCUGCAAGACGGAGGCUAAAGUCGCAUCAUGCGCCCCCAGCUGGUCCCCUGUUGGCAAGCAAGCCCACUGGGCUGUGCUACUCAGCGAUGGCGUCGCUCGCUCGGUUGUCGCUACAGUGUGCACUGUUUUGUACCGUGCUCUGCGGUUUAGCCAAUAGGCCUUUUUUUUUCUUUUCUUUUCUUUUUCUUGCAUGUCAUUUUCACUUUUUGCUUUUUGUCAGCCCUUUUUUUCUUGCAUUUUUUUAUGAAAUUAUGACGUUGUUACGAUAUACCCAAGUCAGUCGGAAUCUUCCUGUUGGAAUUCUGAGCAAUAGCCAUAGCAUAAAUCAAAUCAAACCAGAUUCAAAAAACACUC